CCUCCACGUGGGUACGCAGGAUGGCGGCGGCAGUGGCGGUGGGUGUGCUUGGAUGGGGGCGGGGGGCGUCGCGGCGCUAGGGCCCGGGUCCCUGAGGCCGGAGGGAAACGAAGUGGGGCUCUUCCGGGCGGGCGACGAGACUGACUCCCGCCCCGCUUUCUCGCGCAGGACGAGUCGGUGGCGCGCGAUGUGCAGCGGUUGCUAGUGCAGUUCCAGGAUGAGGGCGGGCAGCUGCUGGGCUCCCCGUUCGACGUGCCCGUGGACAUCACCCCGGACAGGCUGCAGCUCGUGUGCAACGCGCUACUGGCCCAGGAGGAUCCCCUGCCACUGGCUUUCUUUGUCCACGAUGCUGAGAUCGUCUCCUCACUGGGGAAGACGUUGGAGUCCCAGGCAGUGGAGACUGAGAAGGUCCUAGACAUCAUCUACCAGCCACAGGCUGUCUUCAGAGUCCGGGCCGUGACUCGCUGCACCAGCUCCUUGGAUGGUCACAGUGAGGCAGUCAUUUCUGUGGCCUUCAGCCCCACGGGAAAGUAAGGACAGCUGCAGACUCAUGGAGGGGGUACCUGGCCAGUGGCUCUGGUGACACCACCGUGCGCUUCUGGGAUCUCAGCACGGAGACACCACAUUUCACAUGCAAGGGACACAGACACUGGGUCCUUAGUAUAUCGUGGUCUCCAGAUGGCAAGAAGCUGGCCUCAGGCUGCAAGAAUGGCCAGAUUCUCCUCUGGGACCCAAGCACAGGGAAGCAGGUGGGCAGGACCCUCGCUGGCCACAGCAAGUGGAUCACAGGCCUGAGCUGGGAGCCCCUCCAUGCGAACCCUGAGUGCCGCUAUGUGGCCAGCAGCUCCAAGGAUGGCAGUGUGCGGAUCUGGGACACAACUGCAGGCCGCUGUGAGCGCAUCCUCACCGGGCACACCCAGUCAGUCACCUGUCUCCGGUGGGGAGGGGACGGGCUUCUCUACUCUGCCUCCCAGGACCGCACCAUCAAAGUCUGGAGGGCUCAUGACGGUGUGCUGUGCCGGACUCUGCAAGGCCACGGCCACUGGGUGAACACCAUGGCCCUCAGCACUGACUAUGCCCUGCGCACCGGGGCCUUUGAACCUGCUGAGGCCUCAGUUAAUGCCCAAGACCUCCAAGGAUCCUUGCAGGAGUUGAAGGAGAGGGCUCUGAGCCGAUACAACCUCGUGCGGGGCCACGGUCCAGAGAGGCUGGUGUCUGGCUCAGAUGACUUCACCUUAUUCCUGUGGUCCCCAGCAGAGGACAAAAAGCCUCUCACUCGGAUGACAGGACACCAAGCUCUCAUCAACCAGGUGCUCUUCUCUCCUGACUCCCGCAUCGUGGCUAGUGCCUCCUUCGACAAGUCCAUCAAGCUGUGGGAUGGCAGGACGGGCAAGUACCUGGGUUCCCUACGCGGCCACGUGGCUGCCGUGUACCAGAUUGCAUGGUCAGCUGACAGCCGGCUCCUGGUCAGCGGCAGCAGUGACAGCACACUGAAGGUGUGGGAUGUGAAGGCCCAGAAGCUGGCCAUGGACCUGCCCGGCCACGCAGAUGAGGUAUAUGCUGUUGACUGGAGUCCAGAUGGCCAGAGAGUGGCAAGUGGUGGGAAGGACAAAUGCCUCCGGAUAUGGAGGAGAUGAGAAGGCCUGCAGUUCUCUCUGACCCCCACCUGGACUCGGCCUCUGCCAGCCGCCUUUCCUGCCAGAGAACAAAGACUCGGGUGGCAGCGCACACACCCUUCCCACCAGUGGGGACCUGAGAAUGCGCGUGGCCUGCUGUCCUCGACAGACCCGAGUGGGGUCUUCCCACAGAUCCCCUGCUUGUGGCACACCCCAGAGCCAGAAAUCGAAGGUCACAGGAAGUUGUCACCGAACUUGGCCUGUGUCUGCUACUCUAUACCUUACUGGUACAGACGGGGGUGGUGGGCGGCCAGGCUCUGUGAGUGGGCCGCUAGUGUCAACUCUGUACAGGGUCAGACCCCAGGUUCUAUGACCAAAUAAAUAACUUAUGUUUUGUGU